UACGUGGCACGCUGAGUCGUGUCAUCCGACAUCAUGUAAUUAUACCCCACUCUGAAAGCACCUGAUUUGUAUUUUCUCUACAUAUAAGUGGGUGCAUUCUGUCACGAUUCAUGAUACGCAGCAAAGUUCGCAAGGCGGACUAGCUGUUGUUAUAUCCUCACCUGGUUCAAGUUCUGGAAUGCUGGGGUCAGGGAUGGCAAAUUCGCCGAACCAGUCUGCCCAUCAGAUGGACAACACGUCGAGUAUUACAUGACAACACCCUCCACUAGUCAGCAUACUGAAUGAGCGUUCAAUUCGUGGCAGUUUCUUAUCUUCCGUUCCGCAAGAGAAAUUCAAUUCUGGAUGUGCUGUUUCUGACACGGCAGGCACUGCUCAUACUCCACUCCUACCCUUUCUGCUUCAAUGAGAGGAAAGACACCACUCGUGGUCAAUCCCGAGAUGUUUUCCGUUAUUCAUUUCUCAAAAGCCGCUUCUCAGAAGCCCCAUUGGUAUGUGUCUUCUCCUGCUAAGAAACGAAUUCACCGAAGGAGUUCUGAUUCACUACACACCACCUGGAAGAAGUCUCAAGGUGGUUUUUCUCCACCACCUUCCCAACAGAAAUUGUGUGAAUACAGGGCUUUACAUGUUCGACGAAGUCUGAUAUAACAGUCGCUGUUUGUGCUGCUCCAUUCCGUUGCACACAAGAUUAAACACGAGGGCCGUGCACUCGUCUAUCGAUAUCGUGAGACACGCAUAUAUCCCUUUCAACAAUUUCCUCAACCACCCGAUAUCGACACAGGACAACGAGGAUGGAUAGGGAAUUGGGAUCGCGGCGUGAUGAUGAGGCCAACUUCUUUGAACAUAGGGCUCUCCUGGCUGAGGAGAUAGAGAUCAAGGACGAUGAGGAUCUGGACAGAUUUGAGGCGGUGAAGGGCGACACGAGGGUAUUCUCGUUGUCGGAAUACUUUGCGUUCUUCGUGAUGGGCUUACCGAUGAUGUGGAUUUGGUCCAUGAUUAUUCAGGCCGCCCCGUACUUUCAGCGCCGGUUUGCAGAAAACGCCACAAUACUCCGAUACUUCCAAGCCUCUUACCUGGUCUUCUUCGCCACAACGAUGUUUCUCACAACAGUCUACUUGAAUAGACAGCGAGAACAGCCCAUAUAUACGCAUCGACUCCGGAGAGCUCUAUGUGGUUAUGUAGCUGUGGCGACACUACUCAUGAUAUCCGCAUUCGAAGUAUUCCACGUGAAGGCGGAGAUCUACUAUCCAUUCACACUGGUCAUGGUGGUGAUGACUGGCAUGGCGAAUGGUCUUAGUCAAAAUGCAGCAUUUGCAUUUGCCGCAGGAUUCGGCCGUACUGAGUAUGCUCCUGCUGUCAUGACUGGAGAAGCCCUGGCAGGCUUCAUUCCUUCGAGCAUAGAGAUCAUCUCAGCCCUCGCAUUUCCUACCGCAUAUUUCGAGGCAGAUGUCUCAGGACAUUCGCAAAUGUCCUCCCUCACAAUAGGAUAUUUCUUCUCUGCACUUCUGGUCGGCCUUGCAUCUUUAGGAGCCCUAGCAUUCUUGAUUCCCCGCAGCGGAGCUCGACCACCAUUCAAAGCAUACGAGAUGACCUCUGUCUGGACACGGUGGUCAUUAACGCUCAAAUGGCCAGCACUAGCUAACUUCUCCUGCCUUUGCAUCUCCUCCGUAUCCUCAGUAUUCGUCACGAAAAUUACGUCUGUGGUAUCGAAAGAUGUAGCACCGACCCUCCUACGACCAGAAGCCUUCAUCCCACUCUCAAUCGUCCUCUGGAACAUCGGUGACUUUCUCGGGUCGCUCGUAGCCGUCUCUUCUCGCUUCUUGAUUAGACGACCAUUUCUGAUUUUCGUAUUGUCGCUCGCACGGAUAGGGUUCAUUCCGAUGUACUUGAUGUGCAACAUCGAUGAGCGAGGCUCGUUCGCAGGAGAUUGGUUCUACCUGAUAUGUGUACAAUUUCUCUUCGGUGUCACUCACGGAUGGCUAUCGGGUGCAAGCAUGAUGGGAGUGCCUGUCUGGGUGCCAGAAGAGGAUAGGGAGGAAGCAGGUGCUUUCAUGGGCAUGACUUUGGUAACUGGUCUUGUCGCGGGAAGUAUCCUUGGUCUAGCCGUUUCCCGAGUUUGA